AGCUGGGGAUAAACAUACAGGCAUUGCAAAGAAAAGAGAGUUCGUUAAAGGAGUUGGCCUCAGUUUGUCACUGCACAGCCACUUGUCAAAAUGCGAUCGUCUUUAAUCCUUCUCUGUCUCCAACUGUGGGGCAACGUACAAGUUUCUGUAUCACAGAAUGUAACGUGUACAGAGCUCCCUGAUGUUCCUAACGCUUACUUGUCAGAAGAGACGGAACGUGCUCAGUACCAAGAGGGACAUGUGAUACAUUUCACUUGUGAAGUGGGUUAUAUAUCAGGUCCAACCAUCCGAUAUAUUUGUACAAGUGGAGGCUGGUUGGGCAUCCACAAGGGGCCAUGCUACUUGAGACCAUGUGAGCUUCCUGAUGACACUCCCAAUGGUUACUAUCAACUUAUCCAGGGUGCAGAAUUUGUUUUUGGAUCAACUAUCAAAUAUUUUUGUAAUGAAGGGUAUCAAAUGGUAAGCAGGGUUGACACCAGGAUUUGUAUGCUGAACAAAUGGUCCAAUCACGUGCCAAUCUGUGAACCUUUGAGUUGUGAACCUCCGCCUGCAAAUGGACGGAUAAAAAUAAAUGGUUUGCCAGAUAAUGAAGGACCCAUACUUCCUGAUCGCUUCCUCAACUUCAAAUGUGAAAAUCCGGGGACAUAUCUGAACGGCAGUUCAAUGCUGAUAUGUGGCAAAGAUGGAAAGUGGGAUAAGCCAUUCCCCUCUUGUGAAGACAUAACUUGUCAAGUCGAAGAGAUGCACAGUCAACUUAGUGUGGCUGGACUGACAUCAGCGAAUAAAACAGUGAAGAGUGGACAUACAAUACAGUUUCAGUGCAACAGUCCAUACAUACUGGAUGGAUCUGAAGCAAUUGAAUGCCUACAGUCUGGGGAGUGGAGUGCACCUUUUCCAACUUGUACUGAAAAUUGCAAAGUCACAGGUGUACCAGACAGGGUACGUAUCACUACAAAUGUACGGAACAAUCAAGUAAGGAGAGGACAAAAGUUAAGUUUUGCUUGCCACUAUCGUGGAGACUUUCUUCAGGGGAAUGCGGUGGUUGAAUGUUUGGCCGAUGGACAGUGGAGUGCUCCCUUCCCAACAUGUGGAGGUCCUUUGGGUUGUAAUAAUCCACCACCCCUUACAGAUGGAGACACCACGGAAAGUCUUAGAUUCCAUUACAGUCAUGAUGAAAGGGUUGAAUACAUUUGUCAGAAUCUAUACCAAAUGGAGGGUGAGCCUUACCUAACCUGCGUGAACGGCAAAUGGGUUGGAAAGAUGAGAUGCCUCAGACCCUGCACUGUGGAUGCUGAUGCCAUGAACAGACAUAAUAUUGCCUUCAGAUAUAGGCAUGAUGAUAAGCUGUAUGCACCCCAUAAUGAUGUAAUCACGUUCAGAUGUGUCAGCGGAAGAUCUGACGGCAGAUUCAACAUGCGUCAGAGAUGUAUUGAUGGUGUGAUGCCCCUGCCUACCUGCAUCUAAAUGUUCAAAGUCAACUGGAUGGAUGGGCAAAUAUGAAAAAAAGUUAGGAGGAAAAGAAUUAUGUACUGAUUCACUGUCUAUUCUUGAGUGCUUUGGUUGGUCAUUUCAAUAAAACGUGUACUUUCA